AUGUUAUUCAGCCCACUGAAGUCUCUGCACGGCCUCAAUGACCCGUCCUGCUUCUUCUCAAAGAAAAACCAAGCCUCCACCAGGGAGGAAGAGGAUAAGUCCUGCAGCCAGAGAGUCCUGGAUGUACCUCUCCAUAGCCUCUUGCUCGGGAAGAGAGAGGUUAAACACCCGGCUACUGGGGAGAGGAGCUCCAGGCUGGAGGUCAAUGGGGCAGUCGGUAAGGGUAAGGGUAAGGGUAAGGGUAAGGGUAAGGGUAAGGGUAAGGGUAAGGGUAAGGGUAAGGGUAAGGGUAAGGUUGUGAUAACAGUACAGCUAUGUGAUGAAGAGCAGACUGAGAAUGAGGAGGGUGAGGAGUACUUCCUGUUGUUCUCUGGCUCCUCCCAGAGUCACCUGACCAGUGCCUUGUGGAGCGGCCAUGACACUCUGCACACCCUCUGUCCCGGUCCCCCAGCCCAUGACUGCUGUGAGUCGGUGCAGGUCACCCUGUGCAGGGCCCGACCCGGCCACCUCCCGGCCGGUGAAUCCCCGGUGUCUGUGGUGGCGGUGGCGGAGCAGAGGUUCAACUUUGUCCAGGACCUGGCCUUCGACAUGGCCCAAUUUCUGGUGAGCACUGCAGGGAGACCAGACGGCCUUGAGGGGUCGCUGUUACUCGAUGAGUGUCAGAUCCCUCUGGAGGAAUGUGAGAGACUGGAUGAAAGUCUGUCCCUGGCACUGAGACACCUGGACCUGCCUGAUGGGUGGAACCUACUGGGGACACACCUCAGGAACAUCACUGAGCCCCAGGAGACUUUGGUCCACUUUGCAGCACGGUGGGGUCUUAAGAGGGUAGCUGUGUGGCUCCUACUGCAACCAGGGGCCCCUGAAGCCCUCAGACUGACCAACAGACAGGGGGCCACACCUGCAAGCAUCGCUCAGCAGCGGAGCCACCGAGACCUGCACCAGCUACUCACAAAAGCGGAGACAAAGACUUACAGAGGGACGGUCCAUCCAUCCUCUACCGGCUCCAGGGUGGUAUGUAACCUUCCCAGGCUGAACACCCACACCCUGACAGUGGGCACAGCACCGGGCACAGCCCCCCCUACUCUUCAGAGACUGGUGGAGGAGCUGAGACCCCUGGUCAGGGUGAGCUGUGAACCCCUGGGUCCACCCUAACACUACUCUACCCCUGGUACCGUACCACCCUAACACUACUCUACCUCUACCCCUGGUACCCUACCACCCUAACACUACUCUACCCCUGGUACCUUACCAAACUAACACUACUCUACCCCUGGUACCAUACCACCCUAACACUACUCUACCCCUGGUACCAUACCACCCUAACACUACUCUACCCCUGGUACCUUACCACCCUAAAACUACUCUACCCCUGGUACCUCACCACCCUAACACUACUCUACCUCUACCCCUGGUACCCUACCACCCUAAAACUACUCUACCCCUGGUACCUUACCACCCUAACACUACUCUACCCCUGGUACCUUACCACCCUAACACUUCUCUACCCCUGGUACCUUACCACCCUAACACUUCUCUACCCCUGGUACCUUACCACCCUAACACUACUCUACCCCUGGUACCUUACCACCCUAACACUACUCUACCUCUACCCCUCGUACCUUACCACCCUAACACUACUCUACCUCUGGUGCCUCACCACCCUAACACUAUUCUACCCCUGGUACCUUACCACCCAAACACUACUCUACCUCUACCCCUGGUACCUUACCACCCUAACACUACUCUACCUCUACCCCUGGUACCUUACCACCCUAACACUACUCUACCUCUAC